CACUCAAAGCUAAAGGAAACGCCGCAGUUUUGAGCUCAGUAGUUGCCAAAUUACGUUAAUCUUGAUAGUACGCUUGUCAUUUUCGAGGAUGUUUUCUCUCGGGGAGAAAAUGGAUUUUCUCAUUGGAAACCCCUUUUCAACGCCCGUCGGUCAGAGAAUCGAGAGAGCGACCAGCGGUUUUUUACAGUCGGAGGACUGGGCCCUCAACAUGGAGAUAUGUGACAUCAUCAAUGAGACAGAAGAAGGGCCCAGAGAUUCAGUCAAAGCUCUUAAGAAGAGAAUUGUUGGAAACAAGAACUUCAGAGAGAUCAUGUUGGCUCUUACUGUUCUUGAGGCCUGUGUGAAGAACUGUGGCCAUCGCUUCCAUGUUCUGGUGGCGUCGCAGGAGUUUGUUCAAGGAGUAUUGGUCCGUUCCAUUCUGCCCAAAUAUAACCCCCCCACUGCCCUCCAUGACAGGGUGCUGAGCCUCAUACAGUCGUGGGCUGAUGCAUUUCGUAGCUCUCCCUCACUGGCGGGGGUGGUGUACGUAUAUGACGACCUGAGGAAACGCGGGCUGGAGUUCCCCAUGACGGACCUGGACGCUCUGUCCCCCAUACACACUCCAAAUAGGAGUAUCCCAGAAAACGGGACCCCUGAGGAGACCCCUGUUGCCACUCCCACACACCAGCCACAACCACAGGCACCUUCCAGUGUUCCCACUCAGAAUACUUCACCUCCAGUCCAGCCCAGUGAGGGACCAGCCUCGCUCUCUGCAGAACAGGAACAGAAGCUGCGAAGUGAGCUGACAUUGGUGAAGGGAAAUCUCACCGUGAUGUCAGAAAUGCUGAAUGAGCUAACACCGGGACAGUGCCAACAAGAUGAUACAGAGCUGCUCCAGCAGCUGUACUCAGUGUGUAAGAGCAUGCAGACUCGAGUGGUGGAGCUCAUCCCCCAGCUGCUGGAUGAAGGGUUUAUUGAGGAGCUGCUCGUGAUCAACGAUGACCUCAACAACGCCUUCAUUCGCUACGAGAGGUUUGACAGACUGAACAAGGCGCAAAUGACAAAUACUCAACAGACCUCUUCCACAAGCCUGAGCCUCAUCGACCUCAACCCUGAGCCUUCUACUCUCAGCCAACCUGCUGUCAUCACAGCAACCAGCCAACCAGCAGUCAGCACCUGGGCCAAUCAGCGGCAAUCACCCAACCACAAGGAGGAGGAGGAGUUUGACAUGUUUGCUCAGACGAGAGGCAGCUCCCUGGCAGAGCAGAGGAAAAGUGUCAGGUAUGAGGACCCAGGAGCUGUAGAGGGCCUCGCUGGAGCCCUGGAUACAAGGUUGCAGGUGACAGGAGGGAUGCCUCCACCAAAAACCUCUCUGCAGAACAAUAUUGACAAAUGGUUAUCUUGUGAUACGGAAGAGCAGUCUUCAGUUUGUGAAGGAGUGUCCAGCGAAGACUUUGAUAAGUUUCUGGAAGAUCGGGCGAAGGCAGCAGACCACAGCAGCCAAACAAUUAGCAGCGUGCCGCCCUCCACAUCCAGACCGCCACCACAAUCUACCCGGCAACAGGACACAUCACAUGACCAUCUUUUUUCACUCUGACUUUGAGGACAGACAAGAGGAGCGGGUGGAUGUAAAGAUCAAUAUACACACACCAUGCCAUUGAAAUAAACCUACAAUCUCUCACAUGCUGCGCCACGUCAGGUGUUCUCUGAAAGCACACACACACGCCUACUUGUACUUCUAUCCAUGUGAGAACACGGAUUGACAUAAUGCAUUCCCUAGCCCCCAACCCUAACCUCAUCCUAAUUCUGACCUAACUCUUGAAACCAAGUCUUAACCUUCAAGCAGCCCUUUGAAGUUGUGAGGACUGGCCAAAAUGUCCUCACUUUCCAAAAAUGUCCUCACUCCGGUGGUUAAAAAACUACACAUGCACACACACACUCACACAGAAUAACGCCUGACACUACAGAACUGAUGUCUAAUCAAAUCAUUGCAGUAUGUCAUAGUUAAUUCUGCUGUCAUCUUAAUGUACUGUAAGUAUGAGCAACUUUUUAUGACUAUUUAUGAAAUGUAUUAUUAUAAUGUUGACAUAAAAAAAACUUCAGUUAGAACAAGUGUUUACAGUUAAGUAUAAGAUUAAAGAUAUAUUUGAUAAUAUGCCAUCGUGUGCCUUUGAGCCAGAAAGUUGAUUUUGUGUAGAUGAGAAUAAAUGCUGCUUUGUCCUGCAAACAUUUAGCAUCUGUCCCCU